UAUAAAUACUGUCACGCCAUACGGCCUAUAGUGUAUAUCCGGCUAAUGUAUCCUACCAUUCCCAUAGUUAGGUACAUUACCUCAACUAAAUGGAAUUAAUAUGCAUAUAGGGAUAGAUAUGGAGGAGCCUUCUGGGCUGGAGUCCGAUUUUCGCUGUGCCUUACGGCGAAUAGACAAUGGGCUCCUCAGCCAUGGAGACAUCAUAGCGAUAAUCAAGUUCCUAAAACGAAUAAGAACGUGUAUUGAUCAGGGCAAUGAAACGAAUAUUGCAAUAGAUGACGUUGUCAUUGCUGUGGUAAAGAGUUUUAACAAAUCCAUGUACAAAAAAGUGUUACUCAAUGCCGUACCCGUUCUGGAACGUUGCAUAAAAAAUGUGUUGAAGAAUCUGAAGGGUAUUAUACAUAAACAUGGUGAUCCUGGCCUUAUAGCCAAGCUACUUCAAUGCGAUGGGCUAGGUUUAUUGAAUAUAGCACUAGUAACCCACAAUGAACACCGAUCGGAACAGUUAUCUAUUUUGAAAUCAUUAAUAGGGGAUGCUAAAUUUGUUUUAUCACCCGUAUUUGCUCGUAUGAUUUCUCAGUUGCUAAGGGAAAUUACCGCUGACGAAUUUCAAACAUAUCUAGCUCAGGAGAUAUUGAGGUUGCUUAAAAGGGGUCACAAAGGUGUUAUUUUUACAAUCAUUACCUUACAAAAGCACCUGCGAUAUGAUGUUAUGGUGCCUAUUGCUGUAGACAUAAUUGAGAAUGUUAAAUCCCUUCUUUCUCAGCGUGAUGUUUCCCUAUUUGGUUCUGAUAUAACUCCAUUGGGGAAUCUAAAACGCAUGGAUGACGUUAGUCAUACAGUUAAGGAAAUAAUUCAUUGGUUUUCUAAUGCAGUUUUUGUUACUAAGGGCUCUGGGAUGUAUAAGUACAUAAAAACGCAGUUGGACUCCUUUGAUGUUAUUGGGAGGAAUAGCGUGGCCGAUCAGGAAAUUGUGUCUCUAAUAAUUCUAUUACUCAUACCAGAUUCCAACAAAUCCGUUGACCCAAGCCUUGUGGAGGAAUUGUGUAACGCUUCUAAGGCGACUUUAAUCAAAACAGCCAAUUCACACCCAUCUGAGUCGGUACAAAUGCAAUUUAUCAACAUCAUUGGGAGCUUGUUGAGAUUGUAUCCUAAUCCAGAUUUGGAAGGUUACAUCACUGAUGUGAUCCUAAAUCAGGCAAAGGGUCUGACUAAAGUGGGAUCAAAAAAUCCAGACAAGCUAAACGAAAAGAUUUUAACUUGUGCGCUUCGUAGUUUACGAUUCAGUGUAGGUACAGAUUGUGUCAACCAUGAUACCAGAGGCUUAAACAACCCAAGUGUCCUAAUCACUGCAUUAAAUGAUAUCUGCAACUUCUGCCAUGGUAAGCCAGUAUAUAAAAACACGCUGGUUGAGGCUUUAUAUCUAAAAUUGCAACUGGAAACAGCGAAUCCGCAGUUGUCUGGGGGCAUAAAGAUCCAGGGUAUAUUGGAAACAUUGCAGCCGCAUCAUCAGGAUCUACUUGCCCAUCUUUACAUCUCCAAAGUAGCACUAGUCCCUGGCGUUGAAAAGUUCAAUGAACCUGAAAGUCUCGCUAUAAUGGAAUUGGAUACCGUCCCUUCAAUUAUAGAAGCUGCGCAAAAGUCGGUAGGUAAUCGAAUGUACGCCAUAAUGGUUGAGCUGUAUGAAGAAAUCUGUAAAAACAAAGAUCAUCUAAGACAUCCUGUUACGGGAUGCUACUACGAUAGAAAUUAUAUCGAGUCGCAAUUAAAAGGAUUCACAGAUGCCAUAAAAGAACAUCAUGUCUAUGGCCUGUUGAUUGCAAUAUUACAUUGCCACCAAGGUGUCAAAUGUAUGAAUACACUAAAGAUGCUCCGUGAUGUAUGUAUUAAAAAUAACUACCGAAGGCGUGUCUUUACAACCUUGAUAAGCUGUAUUCUAUUUGAUGGGAAACUUAGUGGCUUCGAAGAUGGAUCCUAUUUGACCAGGAUUAUUACCUAUAGAUCCUGCAGGCCGGCUCUAUGUUUGAAAUCAUAUAAAUUCAAUGACCAGGAUAUCUUCGAUAUCGUCUGUCAUUGUAUCUCCGAGGGCCAUGUGCCAUUUAUAUUUGACCAUUACCUAGCAUCUCAAGGUGGCGACGUGUCGCCCUUGCUAGGGACCAUACUGGGUCGUCUAAAAGCAAGCCUCGAUGAACUGGCACUCUUCGAAAGGGAAGAUAUUGCAAUAUAUUUUGCUCGUGCCGAUAAGUUGUAUCCAGAUUCGCGUCCAUUCCAGCCGAAUGUACACCAACCUGACAAAAAGAAGAAUGUUAGUUUAACAAAGCAGCAACUAGAUGAGAUGCGUUACAAGGAGCAAUGCAUUAUAAGAUCAAAAAUCGCAAAAGUGGUUAAUGAAGUUAAUGCUGCAAUAUACUCAGUAUCACGUGGUUUGGCUCACAAUCACUAUCAUGUGUCCACAUAUUUACGUGACAUUCUGGCUGUAUGCCGAUAUGGCAUAGGCCUGCCCCUGUCCUACUAUUCACUUUCUAGGCUUUUGAUGAUUACGUGCAAUUUAUCAUUUAGCGGUAAACUGUGCCGAGUGGUACCGCGACUAUUGGAAAUCUUGAAGAACAUCUAUUCCCAUUGCACCCAUGGCAUUAACUACGACGAUGCUUCUACACUCAUGGACGAAGUAACCGCGUCAACAGAUUUAACGCGAGAAUGUAGCUUAAUCAUUGCUGAAGUUGCAAUGUUCAUCCUAGGUGAUUCAAAUGCAAGCACAGGGUCCAAACAAGCAUCUUUGCGUGCGAUUAUCACGAUGCUAACAUCAAUGGUAGAUUUGGAGCAGAAGCAACUUUUGGACACUAUACGCAGUAACUUGCGAAACCAGGAGUUGUAUCCAUAUAUUAGAGACACACUUUCUAAGGCAGCUCAUUAUUUACUCGAUAUCGACGGAUUGGCCGACAUUUGCAAAAUGGGUUUAUCUACUCAAAUAGAUCUAGUAAAGGAUGCAGUUUCAAUUUACACCUCUGGGAACGCUUCACAGUGCUUUUCAUCCGUCAUGGAGUAUUUGAUUGUGUUGGGGGUAUCCGAGGUCAAUUUACAAUGCAGCCCACGUAGAAUCAUAGAUCUGGUACCUACGUAUAUCCAUGAUAACUCCGAAACUCUCGAGGUUACUACAAGGGUAUUAGUCCAAUACCCACCGGGAGAUGUGAUAGACUCACUUUUGGGGUCACUGGAUAAAGCUAAUGACGACGAUAAAGAGUCACUUCUUGGGUUGCUUAAAUAUUAUGUUGAUAGGGCACCCACCAAUUUGGACCAUUUCCAUGUAUUCACAAAGUUGGCCUUCACCACUGGCAUUGCCCAGCACAUGGGCACAACUCUAGAAUGUUGCAAUAUACUUGCGCAGACAGUGCCAAAGGAUGACACGAUCACUUUAGUAACUCGACUCUUUUCAUGGAUUAUCGAGUACCUUUUAGAUGGUAAUAAAAAUGCAGUUUUGUCUCAACUCAGGGACCCUCUGGUCCCAAUAGUAGGUAUCAGCCUUUUAUUCCUGGGAUACGUUCAAGCAAACGUGGAGUACACCGAUACAACAAAGUGGAGUUUAGAGCUUCUAGUGGCAUUGCUGUCAUCAGACAAUGAAUUCUCUAGGGCCAAUGUUAAAUCGCACGCCGUCGCUGUGGUUACUUCACUUGCCAGAAAAUGUGCACUUGAAGGUGAAGAAGAAAUGUUAAAUAGUAAUAUUACCGAUCUAUUGGCCAAAUCUGCCGUUAGUGAAUUUGCUAUAGUACCAUGCGUGGCACUGCUCAAGGGCGGUGGGCUUUCAUAUCUCAAGAAGCAUGGUGUAAUGGCGAAAAUCAAGGAAUCUAUGGCCACCAAGACAAACUCUAACAGCCUUAAAAUGCUAAAGGAAGUAUCAAUACAAUUCGACCGUCUGUUUGACCCGUAUGUUAAGGAUAUAUUCCCCGGGUUAGUGGCCUGCUUUAACGAUAACUAUGAUCUAUCUCUUGAUGCAGCAAUUUCUAUCGUGGGAGUACUUACUCCAGUGGGCUUGAAGAGUAUCCUGUCGAUACUGAUUGAGUCCCUCGAGAAUUACGUAUCAUCCAUUAAGCUUGGGUGCUUGAUCACGCUGUCGCACGUUAUAAAGGACCCGAAACUCCAUGGCGUUAUAAUCAAGAAUGUAUGUGACGUUGUUAAGAGCGUGUCUCCAUGUACCACUGAUACACAAAGGGCAGUGAAGGAAGCCGCAGAUGGGCUGUUGGACUCCAUAGUAGGCCUUGCCGGAGAAAGUUCCAUAUUAUACCCAACUAUGGGCAGCAUUCUGAAGGUAUUAUCACACCCAUCGGAAUCGAAUGUCACCGCCACGAUGCAUGUCCUUUUGGAAUAUUCCAAGGAGCACCCUAAUAUAGGGGCUGAAACGAUUCCCAUAGGUGUUGUGGAACUCGGUCUGCUUGAGCCCAUAUUAUCACGUGCACUAAGGUCAAGGAACGGUGAGUGCCGGCAGUCGGCUAUCGUAUUCUCAUCUUGGUUAGUAUCCCGAUGUGGCGGUUCACGUGAAGUGGAGUUAUUCUUCACGGGCUUCAUGCCUAUUUUGACCGAAUUGCUAAAGGAUACUUUGCCGGACAUUCGUAAAGCAGCAGCCACUGCAAUCGGCAGCUGCGCCAACUCGUUCAAAAGAUUCGGCUGUGAAACUUCGCGGGUACUCAUAGUAGACCUUAUCAAUUGCUUGACUAAGUGCGUGAUGGAAUCCGCCACUAGCUUAGAAAGAAGAUCGGGGGCAGCAGGUCUCGCGCAGGCCUUAUGUGCGGUAGAGGAUGAAUUCGUCCAUGCCAUUGUAACUAAGCUGUUUAAGGUAUUGGAUUGCCCGGAUAGCACUCCACAGAUGCGUGAAGGCUGCCUUGCGCUAUUCAAUGACCUGCCCGUAACAUGUUAUGGCUACGUGCAGUCUCAUAUAGGUGAUAUUCUGCACCGAGUAAUGGCAGUUCUAUGCGACGAAGAUGAACGAGUUCGCGAGAUGUCGUCACGGGUUAUGCGCACCAUGAUCGAACGUUACCAUUCCACUGACGGCGAUAUCGUCCUGGAUGCCAUGAAGUUUGCCACGCGCUCCAGCGAGUGGCAGUGCCGUAACCUCGUGUUGCCGUUGUUGCAAUAUUUAAAUACACUCUCAGAGGACAAUCGGGUUAUAGUUGAGCUGUACAUUGCCCGUUUCGAUACAAACGCCACGGUAAAGGCAACUUCAGUGGCCAUAUGGAAAGGGGUCAAUGUAACGCGCUCUCUGCGGCAGAUAUUCCCACUGCUGCUGCCUAGGGUGAUAGAAAUGCUUGAGCAGGAUGACUCUGAUGUCAGGAUACAAGCUGGUGAAUGCAUAAGUGAUGCCGUGGUGAGGUUAGGCACAGAUGCAGUCAAUGAAUUCAUCAAAGCGAUUCUACAGUGUGAAGGUGCAUUCCGUGGCCGUUGUAUAGGUAUAGCUUCACUUGCUGCUAAUGGUAAAAUUGGUAUCGAGGAACAUUUACCAGGCAUUUUGGACUUUCUGAAAAUGUGUUUGUGCAGACCGGGGUCAUGCGAAGAAGCCUCCAGUGCACUGGCUUCACUGGCUGGAUACUUCCCUUCAGUGGUUUCUGAGGUAUUGCCUUCCUUGGUCAAAGACCUUUUUGGCGAUGGUGAUAGCGAUACUUACCUGACGGGUAUCACGCUAUUAAUUGAACAGCAUUCUGAAUGCUUUGAAAUGAUACUCCAGGAGGCACUUAGCACGGACUUGAACAUUAUUCGUUUGGCUCUACUAGAGCGUAUUUUAUGUGCAAAACGUGCUAAAGUCGUUUUCUCAAGACAAGCGGUUCUCACCAAGUGCAUAAAGCAGCUUCUUGUAUAUAACAAUUCAUACCCAACGGAAACAUUAUCUUCGUUUACCGCAUUUGUAACUGUGGUAAAAGCGGAGUGCGUAAUUAGGCUUAUUCAAAUAUUAAUCGAAAUGUUGAACGACCUGGCCAAAGAGGAAAGGAAUAACGACAAGUCGUGUAUAAUCAUAUUCAUAGCUACUGUAAUAGAGCUACGGGAAGCGGAACUUGAUGGGAACUAUGGCUCCAUUGCCGAAUCUUUGGCACGUUAUAUUUUCUGUGACAGCCAUGUAGUAGACCCGUGCCUAAUAGUAUUCGACCAGAUGAUUAAAAGUGCAGAGCGGCGUACGGAAUUGGAUAGGUUAAUUGCAACAUUUGCACGUUUCUUUGGUACUUUAACGGUCCCAGAUCAUGUAUCCAACCCAUCACUUGUGAAAACGCUUCCCCUGAUGAUGUCAUUGGUGCAAAAAGGGUUCGUUAAGUCCAAUGCAAAGAUUGAGGCCGCGAUGUGCGUAACAGCGAUACACAAAUUAGUAGGCCCCGAGAACAUGGGACCAUUUAUCCUAAAGACCAUCGGAGCAAUCAUUCGCUGUCUCAAUGACAAAUGCCCAUCGUCGCUUAAAAUAGCGUUACUAGAGGCUAUACAAGCUUUGCUGCAUUGUGAAACAGUGCAUAUUAGGGUCAUUCUAUACCAACUGCAAUCGGCUCUUUUCAAGUGUCUCACUGAUGUAAAUAGUGAUGUGAACAUGCUGAUAGGACCCAAUUUAUAUCUAUACGUCCAGCUGGCUCCCAAUAAGGCUGAUUCCGUUGUUUCGGAACUGAUGAAACUAGCAUUUGACAGGGUAACGAAGCCAAGUGUUAAAACUGCGUCUUUGUACGCAUUGAAUGAAGUUCUAAGAGCUAAACCCGUUUUAAAUCCAUCACCUUUUGAUAAGCUGCUAAAUCUAUUCCAGGACUCCAAUGGAAGUGAUAAACAAUACGUUUGCCAAUCAAUUGGGCUGUGCGCCCAGUUAGAAGGUGAUAUUGAUCCUCAAUGGCUAAAGGAUUUGUGCAUAUUGACUUCUGAGGACCCUACAGCAUUAACUGCGUUUUCAGGGAUCGUAUCAGGAAUCAGAGGUUUUACACAACUCUAUGAGAACGCCACAAAAGAAUUUGUCGACAUGCUUCGUCAUAACAUCAAAUCGGACGUCCCUAGCAUGCAUCUACCAGCUUUGGAAGUUUUCUGCCGUAUCUCUAAAUUGACACCUUUAUCUCAACUGGCCAGGGACUUUGUUAAAUCCUAUAUUGGCAUGGUUCCUUCGGGGUCCAAAUUGCCUCCCAGUGGUCAAUCGCAGGUGCUCCAAAUAUACAAACGUUUACUACGUUUCGACCAGAAUAUUGCCAACUUCGCAUCUCAGCUGAUGUACCUUUCCGAAGCUAUAUACGGCAGCCCGCUGGUUAAACUAGAAGCCGAAAAGGUAUUGCUGGUCCUCCUGGGACCAUCAAGGGAUCUCCAUAAGUUGCAAACAUUCAUAAAACAGCAUUCUACCUCAGAUAAAGUAGAAAAGCUGCUGGUUGAGUACUCAACACGAGUAUUGGUCAAAGGCAACAAAGUAGACCAAUUGAGUGACUACGAGGUAUAAACUAUCAUUAAGUGGUUAAUCUUUGCUACGUUGUAACUAUAGUAUUAUGAUCCAGGUGCUAUAUAUGUGCUGUACUAAUAUCUAGUAUCUAUAGAGUUAAGGAAUUCGCAAAUCCACUGG